CAGAAAACUGGCAACCCGUACUACCAUCUGUCACUCAUUCUGUCAUUGGGCAGGACACUGUUUCAUGAUAGCACCAAUAUUCAGCUAGCAGCUAAUAAGUAAGGUAAAAGGGGAAACCAGGAGGCAUGGGCUCGGGGGAGAGUACGACCAGGAAAGUAUCCUUCGGCGUGGAUGAUGAAGACAGAGUCAGGAUUCUCCGCGGGAUAAAGCUGUCAGAGGAUGUUCUCCAGAGGAUGAGAGGAGUGGCUAACAUUCCUCCAGAAUCCUCAUCUUCAGCCACAAGUCCUCAGAAAGAAAAAGGUGCCUCUCGCAGUGCCAGCUCAGCCUCUCAGGCCCCGAGCCCCCCUCACUGGGCCCCGCCCAGCAGCAAGUCUGGGAAGACAUUCGCUAAAGAUGAACAGAGAAGGUAUGAGCUGCAGCAGACGAUACUGAAGGAUAGGCUGGCCAAGAUGGCGGAAAGAGAGAGGGAGGCAGUGAGAGAGGAGCUGGUUAAAACCAUGAGCCGAGAACGACAACAAGCACGAAAGGAAGCAGAGAAGGCCAAAGAAUUGUCUGCAGAUGAAAUGGAGGCCAUGGCUCAGCAGCUCCAGAAGAAAGACUCGCAGCUGAAAGCGCUGGAUGCCUUCUACAAGGAGCAGCUGGCUCAGCUGGAGCAGAGGAAUUUUGAGAGAUUCAAGGAGAGUAAAGAUCAAUUCCACCAAACCGCCUCCGUGACAGAAGCAAGCUUCAGGUCUCGUAACACUGCUCCUGUGUGUCCUGGCCUGCAGGCUCAGAUUUUAUCCUGCUACAAGGACAACAAAGACCAGACCUUAAAGUGUUCAGACUUGGCUAAAGAAUACAUGCAGUGUAUAAAUGCUGCAAAGAAGUCAGUGUUUCACCAUCCCACCCCCUGUGCGUUCUCAGGAAGAACUUUUGUGGAACCCGGACCACCAGCCGGGAUAAGAGAGGGAAGCAGCGGGGCUUUUAGAACCUGCUGGUCAACCAUGGAUGAAGAGCGAGAGAAAGAAGAAGAAAAGUAGUAUUCCAUGGAGACUUUUUCUAGCCACUACGAGUAGCUUUUGGUUUGCUCCUGCUUGGACUAAGAAGAGAAAUGAUUUGCUUUUAGCAUGCCUUGUCCAUAAACUUUUAUUAUGCUAUUUAUCUACAGUAUUAUGUGUUCCAGCACUGCACUGCUCUGCUGCAGGGAAGCUUUAAAAUGACUGCGUGUGUUUGCUUGGUGGUGCAGGGAUUCGUUCAGGGUCACUCCUCCAUCUGCCAAAUCGAGGAGUCAGUUCACGUCCAAACCUCUGCUGCUUCUGAAGUCAUGAAAGGAAGAAGGGAAAAAAAAAUCAGAUAUGUGCGCUGAAUGCAGUGUGUAGGAAUCAUGUUUUGAACUUGAUCUGAGAGAAGAGAUGAUUUUUGCUUUUGAGUUGCAUGGUUUUGUAUUGUUCCAACAACAUGGGAGCACGCUCAGGUAAUCCUGGAAUCAACUUUAACGUGUCAUACGUCUGAGAUGAGCUCAUUAAACCGUUCAUAUCAUUUAA